AGGAAGAGAGAAGAGAGAGAAGAGAGAGAGAGAGAGAGAGAGAGAGAGAGAGAGAGAGAGAUUGUGAUUUCCUUUCUUUUCCGGCUUAAAAUCCAAAUCUCAAAACCUACAUUUCUCAGAUCUUUCCCUCUUUCUAAACCCUAGAAAGAAAGCUUCUGAAAUCCCGUCACAGAUCGAAAUCGAAAACGGAAGAUUGCUGGGAUUCUUCAGCUCCGGAUCUUGUUCUUCAAUUCGUCUUUCAGAAUGUUGAAGGAUUUUAGAAUCUUUCGACGAAACUCUGGAAAGAAUCUCCAUACGGAGGGGAAUGAGAAUCUGCAGGGAAACUCUACAGAUCCAUCGUUGAACCCAGCAGGUUCGGAUUCCACGCGUGCCCCAUUAAAUGCAAUCCAGGAUCCUUCACAAAACCCUAGACCUGUAACGGACCAAGAAUUAGCUCAGAGAAGCAAGAUCGAUAGAACUCCUUCCAAGAUCAGGGCCAAGGGCCCUGACGCGCCACUGCCGUUUCGUACUCCGGAGAAACAUAGGGUGGGGUCCACCGCUCCGAGGAAUAGGUUUGGGUGGGCCAAGAAUGAUCCUGGCUCGAAUAGCGUUGAAAUACGUGAAGAGGCGAACCGUCUGCCAACAGCCAGCCGGGGAGCUGGUUUUGGGAAUGGGGGUUUCACGAGCAUGACUCCUCGUUCGAUGCGAUCCUUUGGGCGGGCUGCAUCGAGCCAUUCCGAGAGUGGGUCAACCCAGAGUACACCGACCAAGAGUGUCAACAAGCCUCCGAAUCCUGGUUUUUGCCCUUCGAAUGGAUCUCGGCCUCCAUUGAGUAUGGGUGUUCGUGGGGGGAAUUUUGCCGCACUGUCUAAAGGGAUUUCUGCAUCAUCUGUUCCUGCCACGAUUGUUAAUACAGUUGAAGUCCCUUAUUUUGAACUCAGAGAGGACCCGUCAUUCUGGAUGGAUCACAAUGUUCAGGUUUUAAUACGUGUUCGUCCUCUCAAUAACAUGGAGCGGAGCUUGCAUGGUUACAAUCGGUGCUUGAAGCAGGAGAGCGCGCAGAGCAUUUCCUGGAUUGGGCAACCGGACACACGUUUUACGUUUGAUCAUGUAGCAUGUGAAACCGUCAACCAGGAGAUGCUUUUUCGAGUGGCGGGCCUGCCGAUGGUAGAGAAUUGUUUGUCAGGAUAUAAUAGUUGUAUGUUUGCUUAUGGCCAGACGGGGAGUGGGAAAACAUACACAAUGCUUGGUGAGAUUGAUGAAUUGGAAGGCAGGCCAAGUCCAGACCGAGGAAUGACACCACGGAUUUUUGAGUUCUUGUUUGCUAGAAUCAGAGCGGAAGAGGAAAGUCGCAGAGAUGAAAAGUUGAGAUACAGUUGCAAGUGUUCCUUCUUAGAAAUUUACAAUGAACAGAUUACGGAUCUUCUUGAUCCUUCAUCCACCAAUCUACUACUGCGAGAGGAUAUGAAAAAGGGCGUGUAUGUUGAGAAUCUCACUGAAUUUGAAGUUGAAACUGUCAACGAUAUUCUCAAGCUUCUGAUUCAGGGUGCUGCUAAUAGGAAAGUGGCAGCAACAAACAUGAACCGGGAGAGUAGCCGGUCUCAUAGUGUUUUCACAUGUGUGAUUGAGAGUCGGUGGGAAAAAGAUUCUACAACUAACCUACGGUUUGCGAGACUAAACCUUGUAGACCUUGCUGGGUCAGAAAGGCAAAAAACAUCGGGUGCUGAAGGUGAGCGCCUAAAGGAAGCUGCAAACAUCAACAGAUCCUUAUCGGCACUUGGUCACGUCAUAAUGGUUUUAGUUGAUGUGGCACACGGGAAACAACGUCAUGUUCCUUACAGAGAUUCAAGGCUGACAUUUCUUCUGCAGGAUUCUCUUGGUGGAAAUUCCAAAACAAUGAUAGUUGCAAAUGUCAGUCCUUCGAUCUGUUGUGCAGGAGAAACUCUUAGCACCCUGAAGUUUGCUCAACGUGCAAAGCUCAUUCAGAACAAUGCUGUUGUCAAUGAGGACGCUUCAGGAGAUGUAGUUGCACUGCAACACCAGAUACACUUGUUAAAGGAAGAACUCUCAUUUCUCAAGCGGCAAAAUGUUUCAAGAUCUCUCUCAUUUCGCUCAACAAUCUUUGGAGAUUCUGACAGCGAAGGAUGUGAUACUGCUUCUGAGGGAAAUAUGAUUGGAAUGGAUCAUGGGAACACCAAUGACUCACAUGAAUGUGAACCUUUGGGCAUCAUAAAAGUUUCUACUAAACAGUUGAAAUCUUUGGAAACAACAUUGGCUGGUGCCUUGAGAAGAGAACAAAUGGCAGACACUGCUAUAAAGCAACUUGACGCAGAAAUUGAACAAUUGAACCGUUUGGUUCGCCAAAGAGAGGAGGACACCAGGUGCACUAAAAUGAUGCUGAGGUUUCGAGAGGAAAAGAUUCAUAGAAUGAAGUCACUUCUGGAUGGUUUAAUGCCAACAGAUUCAUACUUAGUGGAAGAAAAUAAUGCUCUUACUGAAGAAAUUCAGUUGCUUCGAGCACGGGUUGACCGGAAUCCAGAAGUAACUCGUUUUGCAUUGGAAAAUAUCAGGCUUCUUGAUCAACUUAGAAGAUUCCAGGAUUUCUAUGAAGAAGGGGAGAGAGAAAUUCUAUUAGCGGAAGUAUCUGAACUACGGGAUCAGCUUGUCCAAUUCCUUGACAGGAACUCUGGGCAAGAUAAACAUCCAAAUUUGAGUAUACCUCCCCAGGAGGGUACUCAUAUUGGAUUUGCCAGUUCGACCAAAGAAAAUGAUUCAUUGAAAAUUGAGUUGAAGCACACCUGUGAGGAGUUGGAGGACUGCAGAAAUAACCUGAACUCUUGUUUAGAAAUUAAUGCAAAACUAUCGAGGGAGAUUGAUGAAUUGCAUUCUCAACUGAAAAACUAUAAAUCUUCAUGCUUGGUUCAAGAUGCCAAUGUUGAAUCCCAGAAGGAUUUAUAUUCAAGAUUUCCUUCAGCAGAAGCACAAAAAUGCGACACGCACUUGCUCGAAACAGUUCAGAAGAAGGAAGAAUGGGAUCAUGAAAUUAUGAUGAAACAUGACGAAGAGAUAAUGAAUUUGCAGCUGGAAUUGGAUAUAUUAAAGAGCAUUCUUGAAGAAGAGAGGUCGUCUCAUAGUGAGGCAGAAGAAAGGGCUUUGUGUCUCAGUAAACAAUGUGACCAUGUGAAAAAUGAAUUGAAGAACGCGAAAUCUGUGAUUGAAGCACUUGAAUCCCAACAAUGUCUAUCUAUCAACGACAUGGAGGAACUGAGGGACAGUAACAACCAAUAUGCAGAGCUUAUGAAGAAACAAGAGCAGGAGAUCAUCAUGUUGAAAAAGCAGUUUGCCAGUCAUUUCGAAGGAGAUGGAAAAAUGAGUUGUGCUCAUCAAGAGCUAAGAGACCAACCUUUGAAGCAUUCAGAGAAUGAGGAUUCUCCUUUGCAGGCAAAACUGAAAAGAAUGCAGUCUUCCCUUGAAAAAGCCUGGAGACUGAAUGUGAGAUACCAAAGUGAUCAAGCAUCUCAGACGUCACAUGAACAGGAAAUGGACGAAGUUCGUAUGCAGGUUGAAGCUGAAACAGCUGAGGUGAUUGUUUGCCUGCAGGAGGAGCUUGCGACCCUUCAGCAGCAAGUUGAUGACAGUAAUACACAAGAGUUACUGGCAAAACAGAGGUUGACGCUUCUGGAAACUGAAUUGAAGGAGCUUCAGGGGAGGCUGGAUUCAUUGACCCAGGAUAAUAAAAGGCUAGGUGAACUUCUUGGGGAGAAAGAUGAGGACAUUAGGUCACUAACUGAAGAGUGGGGAAAACUAGCUUGUGAUAUUGCCGAAGUUCUUGCUGAUGGACAUGAAGCACUCGAAGAAGCUUCUGAUCAGGUUGAAUCUAUCGUUGAUUCAUUCCCUCAGAGGACUUGGAUUGGUGACCAGGUUGGGAGGAUGAUAAGGACUAUCUCUGAAAAGGAAUUGUUGAUUGAGGAACUCCAAAAGCAUCUGCAAGAUGCACAUGAAAUAAGGAAUGAUAUGGAAUGGAAGUUGAGGUCUUUAAGGGGGGCAACAUUGGCUAUAACUGAAGCACAGCAGCAAGAAAGCACUGAGAAAGAGAAAGAAGUUCUCCUGUUGAGAUCACAGUUAAGUGCCAAAGUCUCCGUUAUAAAUGAGUUAGAGGAGAAGGUUAGGCUCAUGGAAGAUCAGAUCAAGAAAGCAGAGAUUUGUGCGACUGUUGCGUUCGUGAUUGUGAACAGAUUCUCUGAGAUAAAUUCAGUUCAUCUCAAGGAAUUGAAGCAGCGAGAGUUCCAGCUGGAUGAGUCUGUAGGAAUGAAUUUGCAGAAGGCUGCUCUUUUACAAGACCAGAUUGUUGUGACUGCAGAAGCAGAAAGACAAAUUCAAGAACUGAAAGUGCAAUUAGAAGGGUCUGAGGAAAACACUGCACAACUGGAGCUCAAACUUGCUGAAGAGCAGGAGCGUGUGCGUGCUAUGGAACAGCAGCUGGAAAACAUUGAGAAAGAUUUCUCUGAAACGACACUUGCUGACAAUCUCCUGAAAACAAAGGAGAAACUAAACGAGUUUAAAUUGGGUGUGUACACACUUAACUCAUGUAUGAAUGAGUAUGUAGAGAAGGAUAGUGGACCUGCAAAAGUGCAUACUCCUGGGAAUCAUGCUGCUACAGGUGUGGAAAGCGAUUCUGAGGAAUGGAUUGAUAUUGAAAAAACUCAAGGCACAGGUGACAGCAAGUCACGGUAUGAUCAGGAUAUUGCAGAUAGUAUAGAGAGGUCAGUUGAUGGGUGCCUUUGUGAAUGUUCGUUCAAAGUAGGCAAGCGUGUAGAUGAUAUAUCUCAGCGAGAAGUGAAAGGCUUCCCCUGUGGACAGGAAGCAUUCAAGUCCGGAAAGAAUCUAGAAGAUGCACAUGAUAAAGAUGUGACCAUCCUUCUUCUGAAAAAGGAAAUAGAAUCUGCACUUGACAGCUUAAGGGGAGUACAGGACCAAAUGAGCAAACUUCUUGAUGAGAAAGACGAGAUAAAGAAUUCUGAGAAGCAGAGUCAGGCAAGCAUUGAAUGCCUCACAGCUCAAGUACUUCAAUUGCAAAUGGAGAUGAAUGACAUGGAAAAACAAUUUGAAUUUAGAGUGCUGGAUCUGAAGCAUAAGUUGGAAGCCGUUGAGGAAAUGGCAGAAGAAGCUAACACAUGCUACUCCAUGACUAAAGAGGUGCUUGAGCAUGAACUCGGUGAAGCAAAGGUGGUUGCAAUCCAGAAAGCUGCCGAGGCUUCAAGUCUGCUCUCUAAAUUUGUGGAGGCUCAAGAAACCAUGAAAGAAGCCGAUGUUAUGGUAAAUGCGCUUGUGACAGCAAAUGAAACUGCCAAACUUGAAAUAGAAAGGUAUAAGAAAAUGGAAGCCUCGUUAACUGAGGAUAUAGACUCCUUAGUCAAUGAGGUUCAAAGGCUGCAAUCUUCUAAUGAUGAGAAGGAGCAGCAGUAUGAACACCUAGAAAAGCAGUUCUAUUCGAAUCUGGCAGAAACACAUAAUCAAGUGCAGGUUCUGGAUGAGAUUCUCACACAAAUGUGCACCACUUCCUUGGAGGAAUUCAAGUCUAUUGUCUCUGAUAUUCACUGCCUGAAGUCUCAGCUGCUGCACUUUGUGAAUUUAGCGAAAACAUGGUUAGAAGAAAUCUGGUCUGAGAUAAUUGUAAAAGAUUGUGCUGUGUCUGUUCUCCACCUCUGUCACAUUGGAAUUUUGUUGGAGACAGUGACGGGGCUGAAUGCAGAGAAUAGCUUCCUUCAUCAUGGGCUGUAUGAAUCCAAUUCUGCCAUUACAGAUCUGAGAGAGCACAAUUUUAGAGUGAAAAGGGAACUUGAGGUGUGCAGCAUACUCAAGGGAAAGCUACUGUUCGACAUCAAGAACAGUUUCCACCGGAUUGCUAGAAAAGAAGAGGAAACAGGAAAACUCAGUGCCAAACUAAGCUGUUUUGAGAAAAAGAUUUUGGAUUUGCAAAUGCAAGAAGAGACGAUGUUAGCCAGGUCGAAUUCUAUGGGCUCUGAGCUUGCUGUUCUGAUGAAAGAGUUCGAUCUGAGUAACAGAAACAGGAUAACCGCUAUUUUAGAUAAUGAUGUACUGCUGAAGGAGAUAGAUGAACUUCAUUGUCAGCUGGAGGAGUCUUCAAGCCUGCAGGCACAGUUCCAAGUUCAUCAUGCAAUGUUUAGGGAUUCUAUCUGUAGAGAGCUGAACCUGCUCGUAAAUGUUCCUCCUUCUGAGUUUCAUAAAAGCUUGAAUGAAGAGAGGACUGGAAACAUACAAACAAAGGAAGGGAUUGAAUAUUUCAAGGAACUUAUAAAUUAUCAGACUGAGCUUAUUACAGUGGACUUGUCUGCUAAAGAUUUCGAAUCUUUUAUCUUGGCAUCAGAGUUGAAGCAGAAGACUGCAGAACUAAAUAAGAUGGAAAUUCGAAUCCUUGAUUUGGAAAGAGAACGUGACUCAUUCAGUGCAAUCCUCGAGGUUGUAAAGAGAGAAAUGAUUUCUGUUAAUGUGGACAGGGAACUCGAGGUUGCUCUUUUAAGAGAAGAAGUUGAAGAAACCCAUCUUCAACUUGAUAUCGUGUGUGGUGACAAACAUGACCUUUUGCUGAAGUUGAACGAAAGCAGUGACAGAGUUGUGGAGAUGGAUAAAGAAAACAAGGCCCUUGAACAAGAUAUUCAAUCUUUAAAAGAAGUUGCAGAUAAGCAACAAUCAGAUUUGAGCAGCCAAAGCAUCAAUCUGAACAGGUUUCGAGAAUCUUCAGAAAGACUUCUUGAAGAUUUAUGGGUGAAGGAAGAAGCUUUGGAAUAUUCUUCGACUCAAAUGUCCGCCCUUGAUCUACAAAACCAGAAGUUGCAGGAUGAUGUUUGCUUGCUGCAAUCAUCAAUUUCCAGACUUCAAACUGAACUGGACAUAAAAAAUGCAGAAGUAAAUGACAUUCAGCAUUCUAACUCCAUCGCUCUCAACGAUUUUGAGUCGAAAAAGUUAGAAAUGGCAACUGUCACUGGUGAAAUGGAUGCUAUGAGGAAGGAAAAUGAAAAACUGAAAUAUGAGGUGCAGAAUCUGAAGGCAGAACAUUCCAGGGUCUUUGAAGAUUUUGAAAGCAGAAAGGUAGAAAUUGAAUAUUCUUCUAGGCGCAUUCAUGUCUUGGAUCAGGAAAAUCGCGAGCUAAAAGACAAAAUCUGCACCUUGGAAGCUUGUGUAACCAGUCUAUGCACUGAUCUAGACACGAAAGUUGCAGAAUUGGAGGAACUUCAGCAUUCUCAUUCUAUAGUUGGCAAGGACAUUGAAAUGCAAACUGCCACUAUAAAUGCAUUGAAGUUGGACAAUGAAUCUUUCAGACAGGAGCUUGUGCUCAUGAAGCGGCAGAAGGAUGAAAUUGUCACUUCACUAAGCUUGAAUGUUAAGCACUGUUAUGACUCCAUUGAAGGGGUGGAUGCGAUUGUGAAGAAAAGCAACACAUUACAAGAUAGAAUGUUUCAAGAAAUUUGCGAAUACGAAGAAACGGCAGUUAAGUUCAUAACAGAGUCGGAGUGCUUGAAGAUGUCUGCUAAAGAAUUGUUGUCAGAGAACUCAUCACUCUGGGAUGAAUUGGCAUGGAAAGAUGAAGUCUUGAAAGGAUUGCAGUUUGAUUUGAGCUUGUUGCAGGAGUCAGCAUCUAAUGCAAAGGACCAAAAGGAUGAAUUUGAAGAAGUGGUGGCCAGAUUGGAGUUGCUGGAAGAUGAGCUUGAAGUAAAAGCAAAUGAACUUGAUGAGACUCUUGCUCAUUGCAAAAGUCUUGAAGCUCAACUUCUUGAGAAAGCUAACAGGAUCUCUACUCUUGAAUUAGAGCUUAUGGAAGACCAGAAGUCACUAAAACUGGCUUCAGAUGAAAAUCUUGAGUUGAAAGCUCACAUGGAAGAUCUCUUGGUGACGAAAAAUUUCAUCGAGGAGGAGUUGAUGGAGAAAGGUAAACUAAUUGAAAGGUUGGAAGAAGAACUCAUUGAAAUGAGUGAUUCACUUGGGCGAAUGAAUCAUAACCUUGAGGGUUUGAAGAGUGAUCUGAAUGAAGUUACUAAGGAAAGGGAUUGCCUUGAUUCUGAGGUACUUGUCUUGAAAGAGCAGCUAGAAAUGGCCCAAGCUGUUGCUGAAGAAAAUGAAGCAAUUGCUACAGAAGCUCGACAGAUAGCUGAGGCAAGGAAGAACUAUGCCAAAGAGAAGGAGGAGGAGGUGAAGCUGUUAGAGAAGUCUGUGGAAGAGCUAGAAUAUACCGUAAAUGUAUUGGAAAACAAGGUGGAGAUUGUCAAAGGAGAGGCUGAAAGGCAGCGGUUGCAGAGAGAGGAGCUAGAAUCAGAGCUUCAGGUUGUGAAACAUCAGAUGUUGACAGUACAUACUUCUGCUGCAUCACAAAAUCAGAAUGUUACUAGAGAUGGAGAUCAUGAUGAGAUAACUAGGUGCCUUGAAGAGAAAUCAAGUGAUCUACAAGAAGCCCACAACCAGAUACAAAUUCUUCAAAAGGAUAUGGCAGAGAAGGAUGCAGAGAUUUCCCACUGCAAAGCACACAUCUCUGAGCUGAACAUGCAUGCAGAGGCACAGGCACGCGAAUACAAGCAAAAGUUCAGAGAAUUGGAAGCCAUGGCACAGCAAGUCAAACCUGAAUCUUUGUCGUCCUAUGUUGUUACAAACUCGACAGCAACAAAAACAGAGAAGAAUGCAGUGAAAUCCCGGGGUUCUGGUUCUCCUUUCAAAUGCAUUGGAUUGGGCCUGGCGCAGCAAGUAAACUCUGAGAAGGAGGAGGAGUUGACUGCAGGGAAGCAUCGGAUAGCAGAACUUGAAGCUUUGGCUGCGAGUCGACAGAAGGAGAUAUUCAUGUUAAAUACCAGGCUAGCAGCAGCAGAGAGCAUGACGCACGAUGUCGUUCGGGAUUUAUUAGGAGUUAAGCUGGACAUGGCCAACUAUGCUGCACUGUUAGAUCAUAUGCAGGUGCAUAAGAUGGCGGAGAAGGCUCGAGUACAAAAUGAAGAGUCCCAAGAAAAGGAGAAGGAGGUUGUCAAGCUGAAGCAACAGCUCGAUGAGUUCAUCGAAGAGAGGCAAGGAUGGCUCGAUGAGAUAAACCGAAGGAAUGCAGAGAUGGUGGCCACAAAGGUUGCAUUGGAAAAGCUUCAGCAGCGGGAUCAAUUUCUUACAACGGAGAACCAAAUGUUGAAGGUGGACAAUGCAAACCAUAAGAAGAGGGUUACGGAACUAGAAGACGAAGUGAAGAAGCUAUCCGGCCAGCAAAAUCUCCAGCAGCGCAUACAUCACCAUGCUAAAAUCAAGGAAGAAAACAACUUUUUGAAAACUCGGAACGAAGACCUCGCUGGCAAGCUGCGGCGAACAGAGGGUCUCCUUUCACGCCUGAGAGAGGAGCUGGUUCGCUAUCGUGCUUCUAGCGGAAAGAAUCCUUAUGUCGAUAUCGAUGAGGAGCAACGACUGAAAAACAAACUAGAGACUGCAGAAGAGGAGAGAGUCCAACUAGCACAGAAACUCUUAAGUUUGUGUACCGGCAUUCUAAAGGCUGCAGGAGUAACAAGGCCUGUGUCCGAUAUAAGCCCUUCCAUGGCGGAAGAAGCGCUUAAUCAGCUCAAGGAUCGGAUUGCGUCAUUGGAAUUGGAAUUGCAAGAUAUGAAGUUUAAGAGCAAGAUAUCGGGUGAGAAGAUCCGAUUAUCCGAGCUCAGGCAACAAUCCUCACCAUUUAGUAGCACAAGGACAGAUGAGAACUGUCCGACGCCGCAGCCUAGAAGGAUAUCCCGGACGCCAUCCAUCUCGGCUUUGAAAUGAAGACAUUGAUUGCAAAUGGAGGAGUGGCUAUCUAUAUGGAUUGGCUAGCAUUUUGCUGGCUGUUUGAAUAUUCACCAUUUCGUGCAAGGACCGAUUGGAACCGUCUGAUGCCACAGCCCAGAAAGAUGUCUUGAGCACUGCCUAUCUUGGCAUUUAAGAUGAAGAAAUCAAUUGCUAGGAGUGGGCCACGUUCACAUGGGCUAGUGUUGUGCUAGCUGUUUGGAUGUCUGAGUUGUAAAUGUUUAGCUCUCUGUGAAUUGUAUGGCUGUUCUGAGCUAUCUAUUGAUUCUUUCUGUAUCAGCGACCUUCCAUAUAAAAUUUAAAUGGAAAUGAUUUACUGCCA